GCGUUCUGCCGCGGCGUUCCGCCCUUCCGGCCCCGAGUUCCAUCCACCGCCUCCCUCUUCCGCCCCGCGCCGGUUGUCGGCGCGACUGUUGCCGCGAUCAGUCGUCGCGCUGCCCUUGCGGCUCCCGAGCCCACAAUGUCGGGCCCCAACGGGGACCUGGGCAUGCCGGUGGAGGCGGGCGCGGAAGGCGAGGACGACGGCUUCGAGGAAGCAGAAUACGCUGCUAUCAACUCCAUGUUGGACCAGAUCAACUCCUGUCUGGACCACCUGGAGGAGAAGAAUGACCACCUCCAUGCCCGCCUCCAGGAGCUGCUUGAAUCCAACCGGCAGACGCGCCUUGAGUUCCAGCAGCAGCUCGGGGAGGCCCCCAGCGAUGCCAGCCCCUAGGCUCUGGGAGCCCCUGGCCAGGCUCUGGCCUGAGCACUCACUACCUGGCUUAGAUACCUUCUCAAGGGCUGGCCUACAGGUUUUCCGGGGCAGGGGGAGGCGGUGUCUGCCGGCCUAGGCCACUCUUCUGGUACUUCACUUGGCGUACCUAGGCCCACCCCACCUCCCGGCACCCCCUCCUCAGGGCUUCCUCCCCACUGCUGGCCAGGUGUGGGCCAGCGACCCACCCACCUUGCCUGUCUGCCCAACUCCUGGACGCUCCCCACGCUGCCCAGGCCUUGAGCGUCCACAUUAAACUGUUCUCCAACACCA